UCGAAUUUAAUCAUCGACGACACUCUAAGAAGAUCGUGUCCUAGAUUGUUGGAUACUCGCACGCACCGGUCGUCAUCGCCAUCGUCUCUCUCGCCGGCCCCCCUCCCUCAAAAGAAUCGCCAUCGCUCCAAAGCUCGAUGAUGGCGGAGACCAUUACUAUCAGUAGUAGUUCAUCUGAGGGCGAAGAAGAAGAUGCGAAUGCUCCAACCACUAUCUCAGAUACUGAUAGCGAUUGGGAUCUGGAUGAGUACAGAGCAUUUGAACUCUCUCUAAACGAAGUUUCUGCUGCUGCUGCUUCUGCUUCUGGCUCUCGACUUCUUCCUUCUUGGGCAUCGUCUAAUGGAGGAGGAGCGUCUUCUUCAUCAGUUAAUGAUAGGCCUCCAUCUCAACAAGAUACAAAGAGGGCUCUUCCAAAAUCGGUGCAGCAGCCGCCUUUUUCUAGGCUAGAGAAUAUCAACAAAGUGAGGGAUUCUCAUGGAAAAUUUUACGACUCUGCUGCAAUGCCGAAUAAUGCCAACAGCCAGAACUAUAUGAAUGACCCUUUUGGUGGUGGAAUGAAUAGUUCUUUUGCCAUGCAUGAAAACGCUAAAAAUAGGAUGUUACCUCCAACCUUGAUGCAUGAGAAAUCUGCUUCAACUUCUCAAUAUGGUGGUUAUGUUGAUCCUUUGCGUGCUGCUUUUGGUGAUGAAAGAGCUACAACUGGCGAUGAGAGACUAAUUUAUCAGGCUGCAGUUCAGAAUCUUAACCAGCACAGAGGCGAAGCUACAUUACAAGAGGGUCUUUUAUCCAUUCCAUUGCUGAGACACCAGAAAAUUGCUUUAAAUUGGAUGCUUCAGAAGGAAACUAGAAUGCAAACAUGUUUGGGUGGAAUUUUAGCUGAUGAUCAGGGUCUUGGUAAGACUGUGUCAACAAUUGCACUCAUACAGAAACAGAAGUCCUUACAGUCCACAUCAAAAUCAGAAAGUGAAAACAUAAAAAAAACCGAGGCCUUAAAUUUGGAUGAUGAUGAAGAAAAUAUUAAGGCAGCUGCAGAAAACAGUAAGAAAAAUGAACCCUUGAAUUUGGAUGAUGAUGAAGAAGAAAAUGCUACUAAUGUUCUAGACAAAGGGAAACAGACUGUGGGAUCUAGUAAUUCCAAAGUGGUCCAUGAAUUUCGUAAGCGGAGGCCUGCAGCUGGCACAUUGGUUGUGUGUCCUGCAAGUAUCCUGCGACAAUGGGCCAGAGAGAUGGAUGAAAAAGUAACAGCUGAAGCCAAACUUUCCGUUCUUGUCUAUCAUGGAAGCGGGAGGACAAAGAAUUCUGAAGAAUUGGCUGCAUAUGAUGUGGUUCUUACAACGUAUGCCAUUGUGGCUAAUGAGGUCCCUAAACAACCUUUGGUGGAGGAUGAUGAUGAUGACCAAAAGAAUGGGGAAAGAUACGGUAUAUCACCAGAGCUCACCGGUAAUAAAAAACGGAAGCAGACGGCUGUUGCUGGCAAGAAAGGAAAGAAAAGUAAGAAGGGGAUUUCUAGUGCUGAUUUUGAUGCUGGUUCUGGUCCAAUUGCUAAAGUUAAUUGGCAGAGGGUGGUACUUGAUGAAGCUCAGACUAUAAAGAACCACAGGACACAGGUUGCUAGGGCUUGCUGUGGCCUUAGAGCUAAAACAAGAUGGUGCUUAUCUGGGACACCUAUACAAAAUUCUAUUGAUGAAUUAUAUAGCUAUUUCAGAUUCUUGAAAUAUGAUCCCUAUGCUGACUAUAAAUCGUUUUGCCUUUCGAUAAAGUUCCCCAUAGCUAGAAAUUCAGAUCUUGGUUACAGGAAGCUUCAAGUGAUUCUUCGGAAUAUAAUGCUACGGCGAACAAAAGGAACAUUGAUUGACGGGAAGCCAAUCAUUAGCUUGCCACCAAAAACUAUUCAGAUGACCAGGGUGGACUUCUCUGGGGAAGAGCGGGCAUUUUAUAAGAAACUGGAAACAGACUCUAAGUCAAAAUUCAAGGCAUAUGCUGCUGCUGGCACUGUAAGCCAAAACUAUGCAAAUAUUCUACUGAUGCUUCUUCGCCUCCGUCAAGCUUGUGAUCAUCCGCUUCUGGCUAAAGGAUCCGCCUCAUAUCAUGUUGGAAUAGAUUCAUCAGAAAAAGCAAAGAAACUCCCUAGGGAAUUGUUGAUCAGUUUAUACAAGCAUUUUGAGAAGUCUUUGGCUAUCUGUCCUUUAUGCAUUGAUCCACCUGAGGAUGCGGUUGUAACAGUAUGCGGGCAUAUAUUUUGCUAUCAGUGUGUUUCAGAAUAUUUAACUGGAGAUGACAACACAUGUCCUGCCCCUAGAUGCAAAAAGCAACUUAGUACCGACAGAGUAUUCUCCAAAGCUACCUUAAUUAACUGUAUUUCAGAAAAAACUGAGAGAGAUUCUGUGGACAAAUCCCAUUUUCGAGAGACAUCUAAUGUCAUGCAGAACGAUUUCACUUCAGCUAAAAUAAAGGCUGUUCUCGACAUUCUUCAAUCACGUCAUAAGACAGAGCCUUCUGAAAUGAUUGAUGAUCCGGAGAUCCAAUACCUGGGUAGUUCUUCUUCUGAUGCUGGAAGACCAAUAAAGACAAUAAUUUUCUCUCAGUGGACAAGCAUGUUGGAUUUGGUUGGCCAUGCACUGGACCAAGCUGAUAUAGAGUUCAGGAGGCUUGAUGGGAGUAUGUCUUUAGUUUCAAGAGAUAGGGCUGUGAAAGAUUUUAACACUGACCCAGAGAUAACGGUAAUGGUGAUGUCACUAAAGGCUGGAAACCUUGGGUUGAAUAUGGUGUCUGCUUGUCAAGUUAUCCUUUUGGAUUUGUGGUGGAAUCCAGCUACAGAAGACCAGGCAAUUGACAGAGCUCAUAGAAUUGGACAGACGCGGCCAGUUACAGUAUUUCGCCUAACUAUUAAAGACACUGUUGAAGAUCGGAUUUUGACUCUCCAGGACGAGAAGAGGAGAAUGGUUGCAUCUGCCUUUGGUGAAGAUCAAGUUGGUGCAUCUGCAGCUCGGCUAACAGUGGAAGAUCUCAAUUACAUUUUCCUUGGCAGAACGUAAUAUUAUUCGACUGUCUUCACUUAUCAUAUUUUGAAUGUGUUAUUUUGGCGGAAAAAAAGAAGUAGAAAGCACAUUAGUCGUGUUGUCUUGAAAGUUAAUUAUAAUGGCUACACUUGAUGCUUAGAAUUGUUUUUUAGUCCCCAUCAAAUGCACCUUAAAAGAUGUAUAUAGCAAGGUGGUAGUCAUGUUUAAGUUAUUAUUUUUUUCUUGUUGCUCAAUAUACACAGUUCAAACUUAUAUUAUUUUA